AUGGAGAAAGUGCAGCAGCAACAGAAGCUGCAACCGGAGAGAGAAGAUCUAGCAUUGGGGCGCUACAAAAUAUGUUCAAAAGAGUCUCCCAAAGCCCUUUCCAAAGCCAAUACACAUGGAUCAUCGAUGAACGAUUCUCGAAACAAACAGGACGAUCAGUUCCUGAUUGAUCUCGCAGCCGCUGCUACAGAUGUGACAGAUAAACAGCAGCUAAACGUCGGACAGUGUUUGCGUAGACCCAUUCGAAUCUCCUGCAAACAAGGAGGAGGAUCUGUUCCGGUCUUCGCAGCCAAACGCGGUGAACCCAUCGCCACUGAGCGAAGAGGCGGAUUGGAUUCGGAAACUCAAGAAUUUGGAAAGGAAAACUUUGCUGUCUUUGAGGACGUCCUGCUGACGGGACAGUUGGACACUGAAGGAGGAAGUGUUGAGGACCUGGAUGGCUUUGGGAGUAACUUCAAGAAAAGGGACAAAAAGUUCAGGGUGUCUCUACUUUCCAGAAGAAGUUCGAAGGAGAAGAUUUCUGAUGAGCGGAGGAGCAGCACACUGCCCACCCUCGGAAAAUCACCCAAGGAGUAUCUUUCAGAAACGAUGUCCCAAUCCACGGAAGAGAAUGAAUAUUGGGAGCAGAUGGACUACAAAAAGAAGAAUUUGAAGACCAAAGUCAAUAAGCUGCUUCGAAGAGCAUCCACUACUUCCUCCGUGCUGGAGGAAAAGCAUAUGAACGGAUAUUCACCUCAAGACCUGAAGGCAGAAGAGAGCAAUAAGCAAAGGGUCAGAGGAGGAGAGGAGGAGGGGGAAGAUGAGGAAGAAGAGGAGGAGGACGAUGAGGUGGUGGAGGAGUGGGGAGCCCGGCACAAAGAGAAGAAAAAACAGAAGAUGAAAAUUAAGUUCGUGCCUCACAGAGGAUUUGCAAUCACUGUGGAAAAGAAGGGAGCUCACGGAUACACACCUCGCAACAACUCAAAGGAGAAAUCCCAAGAGGAACGUUUCGGAGCACAUGGUGACACGCCUCGUAAGAAAUCCCAGGAUGAUGCUUUUGAGGAUGUACAGGAGAGACGCAACACUCUUCGGUCAACGAGCAAGGCUGCUUUCACGGACGAUGAGUACUCCCAGAAAGCACGCCCUGUGUCUGCAGGACUAAAUGGAGAUGAAGACCUGUAUGGAAUGGAAGACUGCAAACCUAAGAAACCAACUAAGAUGAAAAUGCUACUAAUGGGUCGUCGGAGCUCGAAGGAGAACAUGCUGGAUGACAACAACUAUCAGAAGAAGGGCAGCUUCUCAGCGGAGGAGUUGGACGACGACGAGUGGAUGGAGGACUGCAAACCGAAAACCUCCAAAAAAAAAGGCCCUCUUCCCGUCCCGCGCAAAUCAGCCAACGCACAGAGUGAAGCGACGGGAUUCAGCCACCCUCAGCAAGCAUCCAGCGAUCCCUUCGCUGAGGACGACUUUACACACACAGGAAAAGAUUUCAUGAGUCCCGGGGAGAUGUAUUACAGCGAGGAAGAUGAAGUGGAAACCUGCAAACCGAACAAGAAAUCCAAACUCAGAGGCUUCAAAAAAUCAAAGGCGAAGAGUAAAGCCGGGCAUCCAGAUUAUGAAGAUCCACCUGGAGCUACGUCAGCUGACUUCAGGUCGGAGGCUGCCAGGGCGGAGUGGCUGGCUUCUCAGAGGGACGAGCAGGCUUUGGAAGAAAUGGAAGAGGACUACGAGGACGGGGACACGGACAGUUUGAUGGAGUGGUGGCACACUGUGGAGCAAUGGGAUGAGGUGCCCUCCGACGACGAGGACAAAAUCUUGAAAGAGGACGAGUCCAGGUCCUUCACCGUUUUGGCGGACAAGGUUCACCGCGGCCUGCGGGUCUUCAACAAAAUCUUCACCGAGCGAGCCGAGGUCCUCUGGCAGUCCAUCAUCACGCUCCACUCCAUCGCCGACGACAUCAACAAUUUCCACCACAAGGCCAAGAUCGCCGGCAUCACCGGAGGCACCACCACGGCCGUGGGUGGAGUGACGGCCAUCGCCGGUUUGGCUCUGGCACCUUUCACAUUCGGAGCCUCUUUGCUAAUAACCGCCGUUGGUGUCGGUGUGGCGACGGCCGGAGGGAUCGCUUCAGCCUCUGCGGCCAUCUCGGAUAACGUGAAUAACAUGCACGACCGCAAGAAGGUGGAGAUAGUUCUAAGUGACUAUGAGGCUCACCUGCGGACCAUCGGGAAGAUCCUCCACUUUAUCAAUAAGGGCCUGAUAAAGCUCCGCGGCCACCCUUUCCUCCGGUCUGGCACCCAACACUACUCCAAGGACUGGGAGAUCCGCCGGGCCGUGCAGAUGAUCAGCCUGGUGGACACGCCCGUGAUGCGCGGGACGGAGAUAACGGACUCCACGAUCGCUUCUGUCCGAGGACUCUUCACCGGCAUGGACAAGUACUUCGUCAAGGACUCACGAGAGCUGAAGAAGGGCUGCAAGAAGGACGUGGUGGCUCAGAUAAAGGAGGUGGCCCAUGUGCUCAACAUCGGGAUAGUGGAGCUCAACGCCAUCAGAGAGGAGCUGCAGGAUGUCACCGGGAACAUUUGAGGAGGACACUUUGAAUAUAGGUAUUUCUAAAAGCACCACAGCCCCCUCUACUGGCUAAAUGAGGGAAGUGUUGGUGUCAAGGAGUCCAUCGGCACAGUACCUGCAGUUUCAGACAUUUAAAGCGUGUGUAAGCCUGUUUGUUUUUUAAAUAUCCAUUUGGACUCUUGUUUUAUUUGUGUCAUAUUGUAAGAUGUUUACUGUACUCGCAUGAAAAGGUAAAAAUACCACGGAAACCAACACUUUUUUGAGCACCGAGUGCAUGUUUGUGGUCACAGGUGGUUUAGUUUGAAUGUUGAAAUGUUUUACUUAAUAUUUUCCACCCACUGUUUUACUGAAGGAGCUUUAUCACACUUUUCUGAAACAGUUUCAACCAUAUUUUAUAUUUGUUCACAAAGAAAACAUCACGGUGUUCAAUUGUAUUAUAUUUUCAGCAUUUCCUAUCAGCUUUCCCAAUCCCUGUUUCAGAUAUCGGUAUAAUGAUACCUGUUGUGACAAAAAAAUGACCCUUAAGUUUUAAACUGUUGUUUAAAUAAUACAUGAUGGUUGAAUUAAGGUUAGAGUAGUAGAGUUUACCUACAGUAUGUUUUUGAAGAGGACAUAUUGUUUACAUAUUCACAAUAAAAGUAAUGUUUUAUAUUGGGUAGUUUAUUUUAACAUGUUACUGCAAGACAAUGCUUCAAAAUGCUAAUUUACUACACAUCAGGUUUUCUAUUUCUCCACAUUUUGAGAUAUUAACCAUGUGGUAUCCAUGUAAAUACUGUGACCCUUUUCCUACCUUAAUAGCUUAAACCUUUAUAAUUCUCUCUUAAAUUGUCGGACUUAACGCAAACUUUUGACAUGUUAAUGUGUUGUGACUAUAACUUUUUUUAUUCUCAAAUCAUUUUUACUGAUCAUGCAUUUCUUUGUUCCCUGUCUGUGCAUCUCCCUGCAAUAAUCUGAAUGUAUCUGCAAAAUGUUUUAAUGUAAUAUAUUAGGAUUUGACACGUCCUGUUUGAAUAAAGAUUUACUAAUUUGCUUUAAACUCA